AUGAUCGAAAGGAUACUCCUGCUGGCGGCGAUAUCGUCGCUGACGUUCGCGCAAGACGAUGCGAAUGUCACAUCAAGUGCUACUGGCGCCGCUGCCUCACAGACGGGAACACCAACCACAAAUCAACCGACGACACACACGGUAGAGGUUGGGCUGGGAGCCCACACAUUCAAGCCAGACGUUACUCUCGCCAAUGUCGGCGAUGUUAUCGAGUUUGACUUCUUUCCCACAAACCACAGCGUGAUCCGCGCCGAAUACCUGUUUCCAUGUGUACCAUACGAAAUGACUGGACGGAGUAAGAAGGGUUUCUACUCUGGCUUCCUACCCGUGGAUGCCAUUUUGGACGACCCGCCGAAAUACAGCAUUACGGUGAACGAUUCAUAUCCGAUCUUCUUCUACUGCGGCGCGCCUGGCAGCUGUAUCAACUUCCAAAUGGUCGGCGUAAUCAAUCCCAACGCCUCAACUUCCCUGGUCCAACACAAAGAAACCGCCAAGAACGCAGAUUUCAUGCUCCUGCCGGGUGAGAAAUGGCCAGAAGAGUCCGAGGGCACAAACCCAUUACACGAUGAUCCGGACGCAACCUCCUCCGACAACUCCACCUCAACGGAUUCCGCCGGCGCAGCAGCUACCACAACGCACGUCCACGAAAGCAGCAGCAGCCUCAGCACCGGCGCAAUCGCCGGCAUCGCAGUAGCUGGCACAGUCGCAGUCAUCGCAGCGGCAGCACUGAUCUUCUUCUGCGGCCGAGCCUCCCGCAGGAGAAACGCAGCAGCCAACGCGCAACAACAGCCCUUAAUGCAGCAACAAGGCAUGCCAUUUUCGCCAGGGCCUUCGCAUCAGGGACACAUGUCGUAUAUCCAGCCGUACGCAAACGGCGACAUGAACAAGCAUAUGUCGAUCCAAAGCCAUCAGAUGCACAGUGCGGCUCUGCCGGGCUACAUCCCGCCGCACGGUGAUCAAACACCUGGGUCGCAAACGCCGCUUUACGGACCCUCUGAUGCGUUGAAUCCCGGCGCGGCGGAGUACGCAGGCUCGCCGCAGCAUUCGCCGCACAUGGCUGCCGUUGGCAUGGGGGCUGCCCCUGCUUAUUCGCAGAGGAAUUCAAUGCAACCACAACCAUUCUCCCCAGGCUUGCAAUCGCCAUACCAGCAACAACAGGGCUCGCCAUUUCAGGGGCCAACAACGCCAAUGCCAGGCGGCAACUUCCACGAGAUGCCGGGAGCGCCUGUGCCAGAUAGCCAGUAUCAGCAACAAGCUUCGCAAACGCCGAGGCAAGGAGGCAGUGAGCUCAGCGGCUCGGAUACUUUGGGUAGGGGGAGUCCUCCGCCGCAGCAGGGCGGUGGGAUUAUGAAUUUUAUCAAGCAGAAUACUGGUGGGAACUAG